AUGCCUUCUGUUGACAUCCAGAACCCACAGACUGCGGACAAUUCUUCCGACGGCGAUGGCAGCGGCAACACCGUACCCGGACGAGCACCCACCCCUUCCGGGCUUUCGGAUUCCAGUUCCAGAUCCAAGCCCUCUAGGUCCUCCUCCUCCGUCUCCUGCAAUCUGCCAUCCUGGAUGAGCCGGUGGGCUAAACCCACAGUAGCCUCUACACAGCUCGCAAAUGGGAUGACACUGCGUGAUUUCAAAGCCAGGCCAUUGCCAGCCUCCAGCGCGCGGCGGAGGAUAGGGCGUAAGAGCAGCGGUGCCGCCGGAGGCGAGAUGGUGGCCGUCACCGCCGCCAGCGGGACGCGGCGACCAUCCGGAACCCGCGCCACCGCCGCCGCCGGCACAGCUGGAGCACCAGCGGCGGCGGCUCUCGAUGGCGACGGCGGCGGCGUAUCUUCCGUACUCCUCCACUUCAUGCGGGCCAGCAGCGGGCCCUGUGGCGCCACGGCCACGCCACCCGCCUCCACCACCCAGCCGGCCGCCACCAGACCGCCUCUCCGUACUGUUCGUACGUCACGUAGCAUCAGCAGCGACGUUGAUGGUUCUGUUGGCACAACACGGGCCCCCGCCCUCGCUCAGAAUGUCGGCUCCGUAAGCUUUACCAAUGCCACGGCGCCGGCGGCGGUGCCAGCGCCAGCGGCAGCAGCGACACCGGCGCCAGCGGCGGCGGGGCCUCAGCGGCGUCCUGCCAGCGCGGGACCUUCACAAAGUCCUUCGGUUCCGCCGUCCUCUCCGCCAGUCAGCGGCGCCACAUGUGCUGCCGCCACGCAUCAUCUGGGCCCCAGCUCCCGCCCAGGUUCCAACGACAACAACAACCACCUGCCUGUUCAACUGAAUGGCCACCGCAAUGCCCCACUACCGGUUGGCGGCACCGCCUCAGGGGGCACUAUUAACGGCGGCGGUGGCGGUGGCGGCAGCCGCCGUCCUCCGCGUCCCGCUACUGCCGCCGCUGGCGCGAAUGAACGCGGUGGCAGCGCGAACGGGGCUGCUGGCGGUGGCGCAGGGCAGCUGCCGGCGGUGGCAGCGGCCGGAGCUGGUGGCGGCGGCGCCCGCCGCAGGCCAGCAUCCGCCAGCGGAGCCGCCUCCGCCGGCGUGAUUCGUCGAUCCUCCAAUCCAAACUCGCCGACGAAGGUGAUGGUGGUGUCGGCGACAUCGACGGCGCGAUCGGGAAGCGCCGGUCGCGGCGGUCAGACGGCGACGGCGGCGCCGUCGGCGUCAUUGCGCCGGGGUCCUCUGGCGGCGAUGGAGGCCCUGGCGGGUCUGGGUCCGCUGGCGGAGGAUGUCGGUUACAAGGUGGCGGCAGGCGAUAUGCUGCUGGCGGCUGGCGGCAGCGGCAGCGGCAGCGGCGGCCGCAAUGGUGGAUGUGCUUCGCCACCGUCGUUGCCUCUGAACGUUCCGUCGGCGCAACACAUGCUGCUGUACGGCAGUUUGCAGGACCUCUACGAACGCUUGGCUCGGCCUGGUGACCGCCUGCUGCAUCUGUCGCUGGGAUCCGUGACCUUCUCCGGAGAUCUGGAUUCAACCGCCGGAGGAGGCGACGCGAUCCGGAUCCAGAACCGUACCGUCAUCUUGCACAACUGCACGCUGGCGUUUAAGCCGGGCCAGAAGCUGUACGUCGGCGAUGGAGGACACGUCAUCCUGGCAGACGUGUCAAUUAUUGCGUUAGCCGGCGGCGGCGGCGGCGGCGGCGGCGAGGCAGGGGAGAGAACUCCGCGCGGCUCCGGAGCGCGGCCGCUGCCGUCACCGCGGUAUUUGAACAGCGCCGCGAGCACACCUCGCAGUAGCCGCUGCAUCAGCAGCCUUGGCUUGCCGCUGCUCCACGUCAGCGAAGGUGGACGACUGCUACUGCGCGGCUGUUGCGUGAAGAGCGUGCCCGCUGGCAGCGGCGGCAGCGGCGGCGCCACACCGCCAAUACUGUCCAUCCUGGCCGAUGGCGGCGCCGCUGUCGAGGCCAUCGGCUGCCGCUUGGGUCGCUGUGCCGCCGUCGGCGAUAGCACCUGGCUGGCGCUGCGACGGUGUACGGUGAAGCCAAGUACGGCUGACGUCGCCGCAGUUGCAGCGGCGGCGGCGGCCCCUUGGCCGCUGCUUCGGGUCGCCGACGGCGCCGCCGCGGAGGUGUCUCAGGUAGAGCUACGUAACGGCCCUUCGCACGGCGUCGUAGCCUCCGGGGCCGGUACACGAGUGGCGCUAUCGCGAUCAGCUGUCGUACAGUGCCGCCUUCACGGCGUGCUGGUCUCCCAAGGCGCCACGCUGACGGCGGCGAUUUGCCGCGUCGGCGGUAACGGCGCGACAGGCAUGACGGCCCGCGGCCGCGGCACCGCUGUGGACCUGCGCGACUGCGAGUUGUCGUACAACACCAUCAGCAAUCUGUGGGUUGGCGGCGCCGCUAACGUCAGCCUUGCGUCAUGCUCGGCGCUGGGGUCCCGCGAGGGCUGCGGCGCGGCGGUGGAGGGCGGCGGCACUCGGCUGCUGGCCACGGCGUGUAUCUUCGACGGCAACGCCGCCAGCGGUGUACGUGUACGACAAGGCGCUAUGACGGAGCUACGUGACUGCAGCGGCAGCGGGAACGCCUGCAGCGGUUUGGAGGUGGAGGGCACCGUCGAUUCGGCCGAUAACGCGGAGCUGCUGGCGGAGGCGACGCUGAAGCGUACGGCACCGCCGCCGCCGCCGCUACCUGAGGUAUUUUGCCUCGUGGUGGGUGGGCAGCUAGCGAAGAACAGCAGCCAUGGUUGUGUCGUACGCCGCGGCGGCGGGUUACGCAUCACAGCUGGCUGCGAGCUGAGUCAGAACGGCGGCGACGGUGCGUGCGCUGACGGCGUCGGCUGCGAGCUGUUGCUUGACGGAGGCUGUACGGCACGAGGCAACGGCGAAAGCGGGUUGUUUGUUUGUUCCGGCGCGGCGGUGUGGGCUGAAGGCUGCCGUCUGGGCGGUAAUGCGCAUGGCGACGUGUCUGUGGGGGGACGGGGGAGCCGGGGGCGGCUGGUGGACUGCGUGUUCGACGACAACCCCAUGACUUCCCUCCGGGUUCACAUGGGCGCCAAGGUACUUCCGGAUGCAAAAAGGGGACGCGAAGGAAAAACACACACGGUGAAGGAAAACACACACGGUGAAGGAAAACACACAGCGUGGGAGCAAUUGGCCUGGGGGGGAGCCGGCGGCAGUGGCGGCGGUCGGGGGUUGUGGGAGAAGACGGGUUUGCUCGGAGCCGGCUUUCGGGUGGGAUAA